AAGCUAUUAUGCCCUUGGUGAUAAUUAAUUGAAAUCAGCUUAGGGAGUAGCAUUGUCUUGAAUUACAAUGACACUAUAUACCUAACACACUAGCAAUAUACUACAUCCUGGAGGCAUCGGGCACCAAUUAGAAAUGAUCAUAAAAACUAAUACAAAUUUACUCUUUGACAUUUGACUUGUCAAUUUUAGAAAACUAAUUAGUCAAAGGAUGCAUCAACACACUAUAACCAGAAAAAGUUUGACAUAUUCACAUUCCAUAACGUUUAUAUUAGCAAUUCAAAUAGUUGCAAAUGCCUUAAAAGCAAUCCUGGUGAUAAUUUUUUUACAAAUUCGAAAUCCUGAGGUGGCCGCAGAGGACUAUACUACAGAAGUUGAUUGUCUGAUACAUAAGACUUUUUAAGAUUAUUAAAGGAAAAAUGAAACGAAGUAACACGAGAGACUUUCUUUUGGUGGUACUUACUGCACUUAUCAGUUGCGCCUUUGCAAAACCUGGAAUGGUGGAAGCCAAGUCUGGCAACACUGAGCAAACGGGAGGGUACAAACACGUGCAAGUGGUGUCAAAGACCAAUUACCAUAGCGUACAAACCAACACAAGAAGUGGAAGCGUCUCUGGCGAUGAAAGUCUAGCGUCGAAGGGCUAUAAGCAGCGCCAUUCUGGAAGUGCUCAGCAGUCGAAUGACUAUGAACGACAACAGUCCAGAAAUGGUUAUGGUACACAAGAACAGUCAAUUGCCGGAUAUGGCACCGAACAGUUAAAUGGCUAUAGCAAGCAACAACAGGCAAAUCUGGCCGGAUAUGGAGCUCAAAAACCACGUGGCUAUGGAAAUCAAGAGGCGAAUGCCGGAUAUGACACACAACAGCCAAGUGGUUAUGGAACCAACCAGGCUAACAGGCAUAGCAAUCAACAGCAGUCGGGCGGUUAUGGCAAGCGACAACAGUCAAACGCUGGAUAUGGCACUCGACAAUCAAGUGGUUACGGAACCCAACAGGCUAACAGGCAUAGCAAUCAACAACAGUCGGGCGGUAAUGGCGGGCAGCAACAGUCAAACGCUGGAUAUGGCACUCGACAAUCAAGUGGUUACGGAACCCAACAGGCUAACAGGCAUAGCAAUCAACAGCAGUUGGGCGGUAAUGGCGGGCAGCAACAGUCAAACGCUGGAUAUGGCUCUCAACAAUCAGGUGGUUAUGGAACCCAACAGGCUAACAGGCAUAGCAAUCAACAGCAGUCGGGCGGUUAUGGAAAGCAGCAACAGUCAAACGCUGGAUAUGGCACUCGACAAUCAAGUGGUUACGGAACCCAACAGGCUAACAGGCAUAGCAAUCAACAGCAGUUUGGUGGUAAUGGCGGGCAGCAACAGCCCAAUGCUGGAUAUGGCUCUCAACAAUCAGGUGGUUACGGAACCCAACAGGCUAACAGGCAUAGCAAUCAACAGCAGUCGGACGGUUAUGGCAAGCAACAACAAUCGAGUGGCUAUGGCAUGCCACAGCAGUCAAAUGGUUAUGGGAAGCCACAGCAGACAAAUGCUGGAUAUGGCACUCAACAAUCCAGUGGUUAUGGCAAGCAAAUUCAAACGUACGCUGUGCAUCUUCCAAAAUGCAAUGCUCCAUAUGGUUUCUGCAAGGGAAAAUAUGUUGGUCUCUAUGGCAACCCUGCCUCAGAUGAUUGUUUCAUCCAGUGUGGUCACUAUGGUGCGACAUUCUCUCAAAGAUGUGCUCCCGGAACAAAGUGGAUGAAGUCUUAUAAGGAACCUGCGCAUUCUAACCAGUGUCAGAAGUCCUACCACUAGGUUACCCGUUUGCAGACCACAAUUACUUUAAGUCUCUACAACAUUGGUCAUUUUAGAACUGUUGGAAAAUAUGCAUGAUGUGAAAUGUUGUGACCACAAUAUAUUGUAAGAUUGUCACAAUUUACAGUUUUGAAGAAAGGUUAUACUCUUAACUCAGACUUGUAUAUAAUCUAUUUUGGUCAAAACACAACAUGACCAUGGCACAUACCAUUAUAUACUCUGAUAUAAUAGUUGACACUAUAUGUCGUGUGCAUGUAGCGGCAUGGUGUAUUUUGAAAAUGAUUAUUAUACUGGGUGCCCAUUAGUCUCUUUACUGUUUACAAUGACUUCGAUUGCAAUUGUAAAGACACUUUGUUGAUACCCUGUAUGUUUUACAGCUAUACGUUUUAGUGAGCUAACAUGCUGGAGUGACUGAAAAGUACAGAACCUUUCAGUGUUUUCAGUGUUUAUUGUUGUCAGAAAAUACCAUUUUGAUGAAAUCAUGAAAAGACUUUUGUUUUGUGAAAGUUGUAAAAGUAAGGUUGUGAAAUGCUAUUGGGGAACAAUGUUCUCUGUCGUUUAUUGUAUUUCACCCCAUGCAGACAGAUUGCUUAAAAUUGCAUUCGUAUGAUGUGAGACUCGACUAUACCGGAAAAGUAGAAACAUUUUGUCAUCCACGAUGCAAAUUAAUUUU